AUGGACACCCCAAAACGUGCCUUAGAAAAAAGCCGUGACCUGGCUAAACUUGUCGGAUGUAAUCGUACAAAUAUUCAUGAUAUAGCACGUUGUCUUCGAAGAGUACCUCCUGCCGAGUUUGUUGAUCAAUUGUGGAAUAUUCCAACUCUCGGAUUUCUUGAAUUUCCUCUUGUUAUCGUUUCAAAGGAUGCAAAUUUUUUUACUAAAGAAGAUGCAUUUAUCGCAUUAAGGAACAAAAAUUUCGCUCAAGAUGUUAAUUUAAUGAUUGGAAUAAACAGCGAUGAAGGGGCAUUUUGGAAUAUUUACAAUCUCCCAAAAUUUUUCGAUCACCAAACCCAACCACUUAUGGGGAUUAAUGAAUUUAAUGAAUGUGUAAAUACAGCUUUUGCUCGUUUACCUGAGGUCAUUAGAGCUGCGGCGGCAUAUGUUUAUACAGGAAAUAAUCGUUGUGAUUAUGCAAAUGGACAACAUCGUUUUCUUGCUGAUCAAGUUAAUCAAAUGGUUGGCGAUUAUUUCUUUACUUGUGAUUCCCUUUGGUUUGCAGAUCAGUUUGAUGAUUCACCUGGACAUAAUCCUUGGCCAAAAUGGACAGGUGUAAUGCAUGGUUAUGAAAUUGAAUUUGUAUUUGGUAUUCCUUUAUAUAAUACAUCUGCUGGAUAUUCUAAUAGAGAAAGAACUUUAAGUAAGAAAAUGAUUCAACUUUGGACAUCGUUUGCCACAACUGGAGUUCCAUCAUUAUCUGAUCAUCGAGAAGAUCGACUACAUUGGCCACAAUAUCACAGUCAAAAUGCCCCAGGAUGGAUGCAUUUAAAAGCAUCACAUUUAAAGCCUAUGCAUGCAAAUAAACGUUCAGAAUGUCGAAUAUGGAGAGCAGCCAAAGACAUGGAAUAUAGCGAAUAUGUUAUGGACAAAUUUCUCGUUUCGUCAUUAAUUAAUUCAUCAACCUCUACAUUUUUAAUAAAUAGAAUUUUGGUGGUUAUUUCAUUUUCAAUUUCUGUUUAUUUAUUUUCCUUUAAAUAA